AGAUGCUCGAUCUGUCGUCCAACCAUAUCGUUGUACUCGAACCACACUCGCUGCAAGAACUCGUCAACGUGACCGAAUUGAAUCUGUCCAAUAAUUCACUCACCGAACUACACUCACGAGCCCUUUCGGGCUUGGUGAAUCUUCAGACGUUGACACUAUCGCAUAACCGAUUACGACAUCUCAGCAAUGAUGCUCUCAAAUCGCUGAGUAAACUUCGCAAACUCGAUCUCAGCCGAAACUUAAUCUCCGUGAUAUCAACCGGAGCAUUUUCAACACAAUCAUCACUUUUGCACUUGGAUUUGGGCUCGAACGUUAUAUCUUCAUUAUCUGAAUACUCUUUGAUGGGGCUCAACUCAAUUCAACAUCUUAAUAUGAGCAACAAUAUUGUACAUAAAGUUUCAUCAUUGUAUAUACGAUCGCUGACAACGCUAGAAGUGAUCGAUCUAUCGUGGAAUUCAAUAACGGCCAUUGGAACAUCAUCGUUCGAUGGACUCACUUCGUUAAGAUGCUUAAUCCUGUCUCAUCAACAAACUCUUCGUGACAUACAUCUGAACGCGUUUUCUGGUCUAAAUUCUCUAUCGGAAUUGGAUUUAUCCUCGUGUCGGAGUCUGUCGUCGAUUCACAGAAAAGCUUUCGAAAGCAGUACUCAGCUUCGUUCACUAGACAUCAGUCGGUGUGCACUCCGUUCACUUCCACCAAUGCUUUUGAACUGGAAUCGGUUGACCACUUUCGAGCUUUAUGGUAAUCCGUUCGAGUGUAAUCGUGAACUGCUUUCAUUUCUGCCGAGAUUGCUGAAUAAAUUACAAAUUCACACUGCUUCUUGUUCAUCUCCAGACGAGCUACGCGAUCGAGAUAUAGCCUCACUGGUGAGUUAUAGUAUAUAUUCCGUCAAUUCUCUAGAACAUCUGAUGAUGAGAGAGAGCUGUCCUAUGCAGGCGCAUUUUUUCUCUAUAGCAGCGAAACUCCCACACAGCAAAUCCCAUCACAUUUUUAUCACUCACUCAGUUCAAUUCCAUUUUAUGAUUGCACUCAUCACCACCAUCAUCAGUAUUCCCUGUUAA